UUGCAGGACCGCCGUCGUUUCGCCAAAUCUGCGUACAGGUUGCAAGAAAAUCACAAACGGCACAGGACUGCAAUCGCCAUAUACGAAGCAAACCCUAACUUAGUCGUCAGUAUAGAAGACAACAAGUGGCAAGUCUAUAACAAGGAAUCGACGAAAAGCUCCGAAGUAACAUAUGAAGGGCCAUGCACAUGUGACAGCACGAAAAACACGCAUUGUCUCAACUGCGGAGUAUGUGCUUACGCCUGGAGCUGCACUUGUCUGGAUAACAGAAGUGGAAUCUGCUGUGCUCACAGACAUGCUGUGAGGAUACUGAACCCGGACAGGCUACCAGUGGAAACAUUAGCCACAACAUCACAAGUAACAGUAUCUUCAUCGUCAGAAGUUGACUUGGGUGAACCCAUAACCCCAGCACAAGAGCGUCGUGAAGCACGCUACCAGAAAUUGGGGGCUAUCAGAAGUGCAUAUGCUGUGAUAGAUGGCGCUGCUACAGUACUGGCUAAAGAUGACACAGAUGAAGCAAUGCAACACUUGGAAGAGAUCCUCUGCUAUAUGCAACUCGCAGCAAAAGUUGCACAACCUUCACCAUCAAGCUCCUUAGCCGCUCGGCCCGAGAUGACUCAAAGUGGAGGUAAACCGCAACUAACCAAAAUGCAACUCUACCAGCGUGGGAAGGGAAAGAAGUCGAAGGAACCGACGCAAGACCUUCACGAAGAGCUCAGACAAUUGAGAGGAUUGGAAGGCGACGCGAAUGGAGACCGAUUUCAUUGA